AUGAUCUGCUGGUUCUCCAUUCUUCCCGCCGAUGUGUUGAAAUCACGUGUACAAAUAGGUAACUCAUUGAAACGCACAUACGUAUUCGCGUGCGUUCACGUGUCGAACGUUUCGCCCGAAGUUUUGUUAGCAUUGCACGUCCGCAAGUGUUUUUGUUCGAGCGUUCUUCCUCCGUUCACCUGCUAGUUUUUGCAUAUGUGCCUACGUUGUUCUGUGCUCAUUUGGAGGACAGGCAAGACUCAGUGAGUUAACCGGGCUCUGUAAUUUUCUAGGGAAGCUUUUUCUUUGCUCUUCCGUCGACGGAAAGAAGUUUCAACAACAUUACGGCAUAUCGUGCGUUUAUCUUCAAAUUGAAUUGUGGAUAUUGAAUAAGUAAUGGAAGACCUUACAACAUAUCGUUAAAAUUUCGUCCUGGUUAUAACGGGGUCGUAAUUAUGAACGGACCCUGGCUACAAUUGUAGGUAUGUUCAGUGAAACGUUUUAGAAUUCCUUUUUUGUAACCAGCCUCGUUAUGCUCUUUCCUCAAAACUUAUCUUCUUUCGUUGUUCUUUGCCCUUUGAUAAACUUAACAGUUUUUCUGCCUUUGCAAGUCUAGUCUUUUAUCUUAAAGUGAAACAAUUGUCCCUUGCACAAACUCUUCAGAGACUCCCUGUUUGCAGAGAAUGUUAUAGACUUAUAGUUAUUCUUCCUCCGUGGUUGAUUUUCUUCCUCGACCAUUCUUUUUUAGCUCCCGAAGGAAAGUAUCCUAGAGGCGUAAGAGAUGCAUUUAUAGCACUAGUAAGUUCGCUGUGUACAGGCCGUGGCUGAUUUGUUGAUCACUUGAGAACAUUUAGUACAUUUUGACGUCACUCUUAUAAACUAUGGUAGUGUAGUCAAUAUAGAAAAUUGUGGUCAAUUUGAUGCUUGUUUGUUUGUUUGUCUGAAACCACAACGACGACAACGUGAAAAAAGAAAACAAUUGGUUUUAAGAGCAAAACAACAGCUCCGCACGUGCAACAUCCUUUGAUUCACACUUCUCAAACUCAUUAAUAAUACAUUAAGAAAAUACAAAGGAAAAAAAAUGAGUGUUUGGAAAUCAGAUGAAAAACUGCUCAUUUUUGCAUCCUUAAUUUCUCUUUCUAAAAUCAUUUUGUUUGAAAAGUAAUAUCAAGCAUUCGACACUGUUUCAUCACCAGAUGAAACUCCUCGAAGUUGGUCAAAAAUACUCCGCUGUGCGUCGUAUUUUUAACUCUCUUCUCGGUGUUUCAUCUGGUGAUGAAACACUGCAUCUCAUGCUUGAUAUAUUACCUCUUUGACGUCCAGUGUGCGACAGGACGUGAAACUUGAAUUGGAGGACGUGAAAACACGACGACGAAUUCUCCUUUAUCUUUUAACCCUGCAUACAGUCGCAUUCGACAAAGUAAGCGGGUCUUGAUAGACACGAUAACGUUUGAAAGAAGGCAUAUUUACUUUUAGUGACGUUUUCACUGCCGUCGUCGUCGUUGCUUAAGCUCCCUUGUAAACCUGAGCACAUGGGAGGAACAGCGCCUUACUCUAUUGCAAAUACUCUUUUAUAUAAUAAAGUCAGUAAUUCAUGUAUUUUGAUUGGUCCUUACUUAUGAUCUAUUAGAGGACAGAUGCAUGAUUGACGUCAUCAGCCGAAGGAAAAAAAUUGUCUUUUUUCAAAAUGGCGGACAAUUUUGAAACUUUGGAAAAUAUUUUGCCGGACUGGGCGAACGAGGAGAUAGAAAUAACUCUUGUCGAGGCAGUUGAUAAAUUCCAAAAGGAAGAAGAAGAAAAGACACGUUUCUACGUGGAGAAUGACUUGGAAAAAAUUCUGGAGCAAUCUCAGUCGCUCGCGACAAAACGAUUUGAGAUCUAGAAUUUUCGGAACAUUUGCUAUAAAAUUUCUUGCUUGCCUACCUCUCCUAGGAUUUUCGAACAUCAAAAAAAUGGUAUAAUUGCCUAUUUUUAACUGAUUUUUACCCCAUAAAAGGUCACCUAGAAUUUUCGGGAGCCUUUUUUCUGGCUGAAAUUUUCGAAAAGGUAAAUUUUGAUCCCUAAAAUUUUUGGAUCACUAAACUUUCAGCUAGGAAAUCCGAACAGAUGAAAAAUUUUUAGGGGAUAAAAAUAUGCCUAUAUCUACCGUUUAAAUACUAAAAUACGCUUAACAGUGCUAUGUUUAAGUGGUUUUGAACUAUAUUCUCGUUAGGUGCCCCUGGAAUGUACCCGACCGCCAUAUAAUGUUCGUCUCCGGGCAUAGCAGCGAGCAAAGCAUCUCACACUACAGCGCCAGGCCAUCGGCACCUCAGCUGGAAAGUGUAUCCGACACAAUCUCCAAUGCUCUUCAGUACAACCAAACUCAAAGUACACAAAUUUCUACCGUUUCCAGCACUCCAUCAGCUACACCAUUAAUUGAAAGCUUGAAUCGCAUGGCUUCUAGUGUGUCAAUGUCGUCCGCAUCAGCAAGCUUCCUGAGCGGUUUUUUCAACAACUGCAAUAUUCAAGGCCGUGUGCAAGUGUUCUUCGGGCUUCAGAGCCGCUCUGAUGAGCAUAACUGACUAGAUUUUAGCAGUAUUUUGCAACACAUUUCAAGAUUUCAGAAUCGAAUUUGAGCUUUCGCUGUGAUGUUUUGUUCCACGAAAGGCGAACUUCUCGAUUAAGUUUUGACAGUGGCGUUAUUUCCUUAGCCAAUCACAAUUCGUUGCUGCACCCAGCAACCAAUCAGUUUGCUCCAUUUUGUAUAGAUAACAAAUGACGUCAAAUCACUUUCUUCGCGGUCGGAAAAACCCAUCACGGCCGUGCUUUGUAUCUUCUUUCGAAAUAAAAACGCUUUUAUUUAUUUUUGUUGUUUUAUUAUAUAAAACAAAUAGAUUCCAUUUGGCCGUGCGUCUGUUCAGUUAUAGAUCACAGACCCACUCGCCUAUCGGCUCGUGGGCCACUUUUCUGUUCUUACCACAUUUUGACGUCAUCUGUGAUCUAUAACUGAACGGACGCACGGCCAAAUGGAAUCUAUUUGUUAAAUAGAAAGUGGCUCUCCACUAAGGAGUGCUCUUGAAUUUGUUCAGGUGUUGUAGAACACUAAAUUUGACACAUAAUGAGUUGCGGUAAAAUCUGUAUUUUGGGCUAACUUGGUUAUUUAAUCAUUUUCUAGGUUAGAAAUGAAAGCUUCGCAAGUCUAUAUAAGGGACUAACUCCGGUGUUGAUGCGUGCUUUUGCAGUCAACGGGGUAAGUAAAGAGAGGAAAUGGAGAGUAGUGCGAAAAGCAAAUAGGAAGAAAAAAAGGACUGUUCCAUCUUCCUCUUCACGCCAACGCCACUUUCUGACCUCUUUGAGGCUUGAAAUCCCCCAUGUUUGAACUGCGAGAACUACUGGCACCGGCUUACGGUCUCAGAGAAAGAAGGAAAAAGAAACACUGUCCUGAAUGAAUCUGAUUUUAUUUGGCGUGGUUUUGACUUGGACGUCAAGACGUCCAUGGUGAACCGUCAUAGCCUCUCACGCAGACACCCCAUGGUGAACCGUCAUAGCCUCUUACGCAGACACCCCCAGUGGAUAAGUCUUUGGGAAACCAAUUUGCCACUUUAAGAACGAGAAGGAAGCUGAGUUAACUUUCGCAAAGACUUCUGGUACUGUUAUUAAGGACAGGGAAAAAUUGUAUAAUAGCUGACCGGCGUGUUCCCAGUAAUGAUCCCACAAACACUUGCGGUACGCAUUUCGGUUCCAGUUCCCUUCUCGUUAAAAAGUGGCGAAUUACGUUAUCCACGUUUUCGACAUCUCGGGUCUGGGAGAUUAAUUUGGAAGGAGAAAUCAAUCACUAGAAAAAUCAGAAAAAAUUCCCAUUCCCUCAGUUGAGAAUAGAAUUCAUGAACCUUCGAGUCCUAGAUCAGAUUCUCUAACCAUUGAGCCAAAACCUCUAUAUUAAACAUUAGCAUUUGACUUGUAAGACUGAUCCUAAAUCGGAUUUCUGUGGACCAACGGUGAUUUAAAACUCGCCAGCGAUUCACUAAGACAAGACUAAACAAGGGAUUGUUUAAAAGAUGCAUCUUUCCUCGUGUUUUAAAGUAAAACUAUUCUCUGCUUCCUGGUAAUCCUGGUGAUUUCUAUUUUUAGGGUGUUUUCUUUGGUUAUGAAGUGGCCUUAAUUGAAGUUAUUUAA